AUGGCAGAAUAAUUUAAUGGUUCCUUCAUUAAAUAAUCAGAGGAGAUUAUUUAAUAGAAAAAAGAAGAAAUCUUAUAGUUCUUUGACUAGAAAGGUUAUAAACCAAAUACAGUUUUCAAUGAUUAACUCUGGUUUUUCCCUGAAAUCAAUAAGGCUUAAGAUCAUAUUUUAUGGAGAAUUAUAAAUGAUACCAUAGGUUAUGAUUAUAAUAAAGACAGACAUGUAGGAUUCUAUAUUUUACAUAGCUUGAAACAGAUUAAACUAUUGAUACUUUUGUUCAAAGGUUAUUAGAUGAAGCUAAAAUGAUACAUCUAAAAAUCGUAGAUUUUAAAAAAAACUUAGAUUAUUUAAAAGAUGAAUUAGUUAAUUUUGAGAAGUUUACAAAGAUAAUUGAGGCUAGUAAUUAUAAAUAAAUUCUAUGAUAGACAAAACAGAAUAUAAUUAAGAAAAUGCUUUUGUAAUAUCUUAUGUAGAUGAAAUGAAUUAAAUAAGCGAGAUAGGAAAAGUAAAUUAUUAUUUAGAUUUAAGUUUUACAAUCUCAAAUAUAAGAUUGUCACAGUCAAUAAGAAUUAUUAAUUAUUAUACCCAGAAAAUUCAAAUAGAUCUACUUAUAUUUCUAAUGAUAAUUCAAUCGAUUCAAUAACUUUAGUAGUAAUGGGAUAGAGAUUCGAUAAAAAUUUAGGAGAUUUUAGAAAAAGCUUAGAAGAAGACUACAAAGAAUUAGCCUAAAUAAAAAUUUCUAUUUAAGAUAUUUAUCAAUUGUUAAGGCCUAGACAUUUUGCAUUGCCUACUAUACCUUAAUGCUAUUUGAUUGUUAAUUAUAAAGAUUAAAGUUUAGAUGCUCCUUUUUGCGAAAAUGUAACAAUAAAUCUGCGAUUUGAUUUACGAUUAUCUUAUUUGAACAGAAUUGAAAUAAUUAAAGUUCAAAAAAAAUAUAAAACUGAACUUAUAGAAGUAAGAAAAUAAAAUUAUAUUCUUAGAGAUUUGAUGAAAAAAUACAAAAAGAAUUAGGAUAUAUGUAAUAAUUAUUACUUCCAUUUAAAUCCGAACUUAAAUUUCAUUAUGUUCCAGCCAAAGGAAUAGGUUUAGAAUCAGAUUUUAAGAAUGAUAAUACUGAUGAAAAUUAUAAUAAUAAGGAAGAAAUAGGACCUUUAAAAGAUAGAGAAUCGUGUUGCCUCAUAUUUUGA